CAACGUUAGAGGAGCCGGUUGCUCCUCUCAGGCCCUCACUCCGCCGAACAAGCCUCCGCUCCGCCGAAAGACAUCUCUCUCUCUCUCUCUGACGUCGUCCGGUCGUCGCGAUCGUCCUUGCCCGCCCUACCUAAGAUCCGCGGCGUGGCGAUCCAUCCCCUAGCCUCCAGGCCGCCGCCGAAAGAUAUCCGGUACCCAAUUUCUCACGUUGCUGACGAACCCCUAACCCGCUUGGAUUGUUCUGAGAUUUCCGCGUGAGCAGACCAAUCCACAUAUCCACAUACACCCCCUUCGUCGCGGUUCCCUUUGCACCUAUAGGAAUUUAUUUCUCAGAAGGAAAAUUUUGUGCUCAGUUCAUCAUCAGUUAAAUAGAACGCCCCAAACCCCACGGUAGAUCCACCACCUGCCCACCUCCUUCGAUAUUGCAGAGCCCCUUCGCUCUCUACGUGGCGUUGAGAUUUUUAAUGGGACAGAUGGUUUCGGAUGGUGCUGUCCAAGAACAGCCAGCUCCAAAAGUUGGGGUCAUUAAAAAUGGAAGGGAAAUCCUACUCCAGGCUUUUAACUGGGAAUCCCAUAAACACAACUGGUGGAGUAAUUUGGAGGGCAGAGUUUCCGACAUUGCUAAAUCUGGGUUUACCGCAGCAUGGCUGCCUCCACCGACACAAUCACUAUCUCAAGAAGGUUAUCUGCCACAAAACCUGUACAGUCUCGACUCUUGUUAUGGUUCUCUCCAGCAGCUGAAUUCCUUGAUUCAGAACAUGAAUGACCACAAUAUAAGGGCUAUGGCUGAUGUAGUUAUUAACCACCGAGUUGGGACUACUCAAGGAUCCAAUGGAAUGUAUAAUCGUUAUGAUGGUAUCCCAAUACCGUGGGAUGAACAUGCUGUUACAUCCUGUUCUGGCGGGAAGGGGAACAAAAGUACCGGCAAUAACUUUGAUGGGGUUCCCAACAUAGAUCAUACCCAGCCAUUUGUAAGGAAGGAUAUUAUUGAAUGGCUGAUUUGGCUUCGCGAAACCGUUGGGUUUCAAGAUUUCCGGUUCGAUUUCACAAAAGGUUAUGCUUCAAAGUAUGUGAAAGAAUACAUUGAGGAAUCAAAGCCUCUUUUUGCAGUGGGUGAAUACUGGGACAGCUGUGAAUACAGUCCCACUGACAACCGCCUGAGCUACAAUCAGGAUAAACAUAGGCAGAGAAUUAUCAAUUGGAUCGAUAGCACUGGAGGCCUUUGUGCCGCGUUUGAUUUCACGACAAAGGGUAUUCUUCAGGAAGCUGUGAAAGGAGAGUUGUGGCGUUUGCGUGACCCUGAAGAAAAGCCGCCUGGUGUGAUGGGUUGGUGGCCUUCAAGAUCAGCUACAUUUAUUGAAAAUCAUGACACUGGGUCAACUCAGGGGCAUUGGCCUUUUCCACCUGAUCAUGUGAUGGAGGGAUAUGCUUAUAUACUUACUCAUCCCGGGAUCCCCACAGUGUUCUACGAUCACUUUUAUGACUGGGGAGAUUCUUUCCAUGGCGAAAUAGCAAAACUGAUGGAGAUUAGGAAAUGCCAAGACAUACACAGUCGGUCAACUGUUAAAAUUUUGGAGGCAAGCUCAAAUCUGUACUCUGCAGUAAUCGAUGAUAAGUUGUGCAUGAAGAUUGGAGAAGGCUCCUGGUGCCCAAGCGACGUGGAGUGGAAGCUGGCGGCAUCUGGAAACAGAUAUGCUGUGUGGCACAAGUAGCCUGCUAUAAGCCACAUCAGCAUAUCUUAUUUCUGACGAACAAAAGAUUAUAGGCUGGUAACUGAAAUACAUCACACGGAUUAUUGCUGCAUAUAACUCACACCUAGUGGGAAUAAUGAUGUGUAAGCGGGUAGCUCGGUUCCUGAGGAAGUGCUUGGUGCGCUUCUCUGAGUUCCAGACCAACCUGGGCAGCUGUGGUAGUUUAACUGAAUGUCAAACUUUUGGCCAAAUUUGAGAAAUAAAAGAAUUUCUUGUGAGUGCA